AUGCCUGAUUAUGUGAUAAUUGUCCCAAUUAACAUUCAGACCUACCUAACCUGUACAUGGGCUUCCAAAGGUGAUGAUAUAGCUAACUUACCUACAUAUCUACAUAUCUACCUACCCUAUACACAGGCCUGCUUAGGUGAUGACCGUGUAUGCCCCAAUUGUGCGCCGGAGACUCGUAAGGUGGCGGAGAUGAUGCGCAUGCGGGAGUCUAAGGACAACUCGGAGAAACAGGAGCAGUUCUUUAAGCAACUAGAAGGCGCGAAAGACGGGUUCGCUGUGGUAGCUGAGUACUACGGAAAGGGAAUAUUCGACACCAACAAUCCCAAGAAUGCGAGGCGGAGGUCCAAGGCAUCUAUCUGAACCACAAUAUUAAGCGGCAGAAAUAAAGUAGUCCCGAUUUAGAGAAAGCGGCCCGGCUGUGGAAGACAAGCUAAAUCAGGAUCAGACAGGGCAAUUAUAUCUUGUUUGUGCCACAGACAUGGCACUGACACCGUACGAAUUUUCGGAUCGUCUUUAGCACGGAUGUCGCAAAUUAGGUCGUAUAUUAUCACAAUCUCAGUAUUCGCGCCGAACGUUGAGACUCGAACAAUUUGCGUCACGGGACUAUUUGCGACAUCUCGCGUGACCCGGAGAUCAGAUCCAGGGUGAGAGACAAUUAUCCAGGAAUGCUCUAUCCUCUACUUGGUUUCAGAGAGUUUUAGAAACAGAUCACUAGCAGGGCUUGUCUUCCCAGAAGAUCUGUCCAGAUAUACGAAGGAUAUGACUCUACCAACGCGAUGGAUUCUGAUGGCCGGGCGCCAAAAUGCCGUGACACAUGCUGGUAUUGGUACUAGCCCCAAUGAACGCCACACUUGAGCCUGAAAGAAAUUAGAUUGUUCCAGCAGGGGUUUACAUUGGCGCCUGAAAGUAUAGUGUUGUGUUGUUGGGAGGCUAUGCUGAAAAAGCCUAGCAUCGUUCCCACAGCAACUUGUUGGCUUUUUCGACAGACGAGUGCUUCGUUGUGUCAGCGCAAAGUGUAUCUGUACACGUACCACUGUGGUGGUAGUCUCGAAUCGUUUUGCUGCACUCCGGGGCUUCGGAAGGUUAUACCCGUAUUAUGGUGAUCACACUCAGAGCGAGGUUCGGUAAAUUGCCUAGUAGGACUGGACGGUCUGACUAUAAUCUGCUUCACACGCCACCUUGACCCCUCCUAUAAGGCAAGCGUCCCACCUGACACGCUCGAGAGAGAGUGACUCAGGGACCUCGCAUAAGCGAGUACCGAACUUGUUGUACGUCUCAGAUGCUUCCGCAGACACACACGCGAAACCGCCUGCACAGUGUGUGGUCGUUCAGCGAAAUUGUUCGCCUGGCCGUAUUGAUAGGUGAAUCACGGACUAUCGCAGUUUGGAUACUGGCUGUUCUCUAGUCACUGGGGUGGGAUACGCUUAUGUAUUCUACCAGAAACAAGCGGGUGUUAUAUUAUAUAGGUCAAGCAUCUAAGUGUUGAAAUCCAUUCACGGAUGGAAUAGAAGGACGUGCUAUAGGCGAAGUGGAUCGGAACAAACAUUUCUACGAGUAUACAGGUUUGCGAAUAAACUC